AUGUCAGGCAAGUAUGUAAUCGCUGCUAUAGCAGCAUCAUUCCCAAUUGCCUAUUUGUGCGACACACUUGUAUCGGAUGUGAAGAUAUUUGGCGGCUCCACUCCGGGUACAGUCUCGAACAAGGAAUGGUGGGAGGAGACUGACAAGAAAUUCCAGGCAUGGCCUCGCACUGCCGGUCCACCAGUUGUGAUGAAUCCCAUCAGUCGCCAGAACUUCAUCGUUAAGUCCCGAGAUUAA